AGCCUCGGUCGGCACGUGCCAAUACAGAUGAGUGUUUUUCUACUAGUGAGUAUACACAUCGGAUCAAGAUGCAGAUACCGUAUAAUACAAGACGGGGAAAUGCAGAUGCUGUUCUUUGAGAGAGGUAUACAACAUUACAGUGUCAUCGUUGGGCAAACCAGAAGUUCAAGUGUUUGGCCUAUAAAUGCCAACGAGAAAUUUUAGAAUUUGGAUUCUAAUACGAGCGCCUUUCAGGAUUUCGAUUCGAAUUCAGCCCACUUGAAAUUCCAAUCUUGCCCCUGACCCUUUAACAGCUGAUCCUUCUCGCGAUUGAAUCAGAGCUUCUGCAUCUCUUAGUUGGCUUCUCUCUCGGUCUUUCUCGCCUAACGACGGCGCUCAUCCCGGCCGCCGCCGCCGCUCCCAUCCGACGCCGGCGACCCUCUCUCCCGUAUCGCACCUCACGCUGCACCUCUCGCCCCCCCCCCCCCACCCCCCUUUCCGUUUUUUGGCAUGUCGCAGGCAUUCGCAGCCGCGAGAUUGCCUGCGACUGCCCACGCGCAGGCCGCCGCCACGGUGUCCGCAUCCGCGCCCGCAGCGGCGGGCACGACUACGAGGGCCUCUCCUACGCGUCCCUCGACCCCCACGAGCGCUUCGCAGUGCUUGACCUCGCCGCGUUCCCCGCGGGGGUCUGCCCCACCGUCGGCAUCGCCGGGUACCUCAGCGGCGGCGGGUUCGGCAUGCUGAUGCGCCGGUACGGCCGACAACGUCCUCGACGCCGUCCUCGCGGACGCCGACAGGAGGUUCCUAAUCCGGACCACCAUGGGGGAGGACCUCUUCUGGGCCAUCCGCGGGGAGCGCAAGAGCGUGUCGUAGGAUGGGGACGCCGCGGUCCGGAGGAGGCGCGGCGGCGAGGCAGAUGAGGAACGCAUCGCCGCCGCAGGAAGGUGAGGCGACGGCGAUGCUGCUGCUGCAGAUGGAACACAGAGCGACGAGCAGGUGCAAGAUUCUUGGUGUUCUUGCCAUGGUUGAGGCGAAAGGUGCAAAGUUGAUGUGGACUGAAGCCUGGAGGGAUAAUAUUGGAAUUUCUGGUGGGCUGGGAAAGAAAAAGAAAAGGGAAAAGAGGCAAAAUUGAGAAAAUAGAUGGAAAACACCUAAACUGAAUCAAUUCGCGAGAUGGGUGUCAAAUUCUGAAAGGCACGCGAAUUGGAACCCAAAUCCUGAAAGGCGCUCGUAUUGGAACCCAAAUUCUGAAAUUUUUGAAAUACCAACCCCAGUUGCCUAUAUGCUGUUGCUCAAGUUAGCUGAAGAUUUCAGUAAGAUCGUUCAAAUCCAUGCCACCAAAGUGCUCAAGCUUAUGAGAAUCAAUGGAAAUAAUGCUUUGUGCUACUGGCCAAACGUUAUAUUACUAAUUGAACUCGAACACCACUAUUAGAUGCAUGCAGUGGCAUUUCUGUUGUUCAUCUGCGGAAAAGUCUUCAAGACUGAAGAGCCGACAGGUUGGACCGUUGAUGUGUGUUGAAAAAGGGCCACCACAAAAUUCCAAAGCAUAUAUUGAGUAUCAGCUCCGUCCACUCCAUAUUGUAGUUUAUUGUUACUGAAAGGAUGCCAAAGGAGAAAGAAAUGCCCAAGAGAUCGACUGCACAUGGAUUUUUCUUUGGUGCAGAAGAACCAAUCCUUCUUUGAGGAGUAGCAGGACGAGAGAAGUAUCGAUCUUCAUUCUUCAAAAUGUUAUCCCAUACGGUAGGGAUGAUGGUGCCUGGACUGUGGUUCUCUUAAGUAAUUCUGAGAAACAGGGAGGGGACAGAACAGUGCUCCAUUAUUAUAGGUCCUCAAAGUUCUGAAGGUUUGCCAUCCAUAAAUCUUCUCACCACCAGAUUCCAAAGUUUGUUCAUAAGUAUAAGAAGGCUACCAUGCAACAUUUUUACGCGCUGAUGGCCGUCCUUUUAUUGUUUGGCUUCUUUAUCCACCUCAAUGUUGUUGUUACUCAGCCCUCUGCUGUGCCUCCCCCAAGCUCUUGGAAAGUUUCAAAUAUGCAGCUGCAGCGCAUUAUAAACAUGGACAACGGAUCUAGUAUCCUUCCCAUUCUUGGCCAUAGAAUCAUGUCGUACACAACUUAUUUUGGCUUCUACACCAUAGAUGAUGGCCAUUCAUUUGUUCUCUCUAUUGUGAUUUUUGGCACCCAAGCUCCAGUCAUUUGGUCUGCCAACCCUGACAAUCCUGUAAACCAUGACGCAACCUUAAGCUUCACCAGGGAAGGGGAUUUGCUCCUCCAGGAUGGUAAUGGUGCCAUGGUGUGGUCCACGGCCACAAAGAGCAAAUCCGUCGUCGCUGGUAUGCGCCUCGAUGUUUCCGGGAACCUUGUGCUUACCAAUACAGAUAACUCCUCUGUUUGGCAGUCGUUUGACCACCCAACUGAUACAUUGGUAAUGGGGCAGUCACUUUGCACGGGAAUGAACCUCAGUGUCAUGACCUCAGACACAAAAUGGCCAUCUGGCAGGGUUUAUCUUUCUGCAUGGUGGAAUGGGUUGUUAUACAGUUUCGAACCAGCAGGAUAUACAAGGUUGUUUGAAACUGAUACAGUGUCACCUUGUUCUGACUUUCGCAAUGGUAGCUUUGGGUUACUAGAAAAAAUGUUCUCCCUACCCUUGGCAAGAUCAUUACAAUUUAUGAGAUUGGAGCCUGAUGGGCAUUUAAGGCUCUACGAGAUGCAAGGAGAUGGCCAGGGCAGUCUGAUGGUAUUUGAUGUAUUAAGCACAAAGAUGAACUUCUGCGAUUAUCCAAUGGCCUGCGGAGAUUAUGGUGUCUGCAGUAAGGGACAAUGUUCUUGUCCUAGUUUGAGCAACUUUAAGUUCCAAAUUGAACGGCUACCAAAUGCUGGAUGCAAACCCUUAAGUAGCCCUACCUGCAACCAAGCGCAGCAAUACCACCAGUUAGUACAAGUCAACAAUGUUUCUUACUUCAGUAAGAGCGUAUUCACGUUAUUUGCCGCUUCAACUUCUGAAAAUGUUUGCAAGAAGUCAUGCUUAAUUGAUUGCAGUUGCAAAGCAGUGGUUUUCGAAAAGAACAUUUAUGGUAUUGAUGGUGGUUACUGCUUGUUGGUAUCGGAGAACAUGGCAAUUUCAUUUGCAGAGAAUUCAUCAGAUCACUUUUCAGUAUUUGUAAAGAUACAAGGUAAUCACUCAGAAAAAAGGAGAAUAAGUAUUAUUGUUGCUAGUUCAAUUUCUGGAGUUUUUCUAAUAUCGAUCUUAGUUUGCGUGGUUGUAUGGAAGAAGUACAAGAAAGACGAGGAACCACCCUUUGAUGUCAUACCUGGAAUACCAAAGCGUUUCUCGUUGGAUGAGUUAGAAGUUGCUACUGGCCACUUCUCCAUAAAGCUUGGAGGUGGUGGCUUUGGGUCCGUAUUCAAAGGCAAGAUAGGCAAGCAAACUAUUGCUGUCAAACGCUUGGAGGGUCUCGAGCAAGGAAUGGAAGAGUUCUUAGCAGAGGUCAAGACAAUUGGCAGAAUCCAUCACUUUAAUCUCAUAAGGUUAGUAGGCUUCUGUGCAGAGAAAUCACAUAAGCUUCUUGUCUACGAAUACUUGUCCAAUGGCUCAUUAGACAAAUGGAUCUUUCCCAAAAGUACAGUCUUCACCCUCUCUUGGAAAACUAGACGUGAUAUCAUCUUGGGCAUUGCUAGGGGUUUGUCUUACCUCCAUGAAGAAUGCGAGCAAAAGAUUGCUCAUUUAGAUAUCAAGCCACAGAAUAUUCUCUUGGAUGACAAAUUCAGUGCUAAGGUCUCGGACUUUGGACUCUCGAAAAUGAUGAACAGGGAUCAAAGCAAAGUCAUGACUCGAAUGCGAGGAACGCGUGGAUACCUUGCACCUGAAUGGCUGGGCUCAAAAAUCACAGAGAAGGCUGACAUCUACAGCUUUGGGAUUGUGAUGAUGGAGAUCAUCUGCGGUCGAGAAAAUUUGGAUGAAUCGCAACCCGAGGAUAGCAUCCAUUUGAUAAGCCUGCUUCAGGAGAAGGCAAGGAUUGGCCGGUUGUCUGAUUUGGUGGACUGUAGCAGCAAUGACAUGAGGUUACAUAUGCAAGAGGUCGUGGAAUUGAUGAAGCUUGCAAUGUGGUGCUUGCAGGUUGAUAGCAGCAGACGACCCCUGAUGUCAACAAUCGCCAAGGUGUUGGAAGGUGUGAUGAGCAUGGAGGCUAUACCUGACUGCACUUUGGUCCUUAGUUUUGCAUCAAACAAUACCGUGGGAUCAGGUUCUUCUUAUGUUCCAUCUGAGUCACAUUUAUCAGGGCCUAGGUGAUACAAUAACUGUGUUGGCUACGUCGGAAUGACGAGCCAAAUCUUAACUGAUAUCCCCUAUUUUCACGUUUGCAACAAGGUGUUUU